AUGGACCUCACGCAAUCCUCACAAGCGGUUACAACUUCUAUACCGAAAAAGGGUGAUCAGACUUUGCAAGAUGCUAUUAACUCAUUUCGGGCCGUCCUUACACCCAAGCAGCUAGCCGAGUUCGAGUGCAUUCGAUCUGUGCCAGAUACAGACGCGGUUCUUGUCUUCACAGCUGAGUUAGAUCUUCAACGGCAAAACCAGAAAGGCAAAAGCAUCGCCAGACGUCUCUUUCCCUUCCUUCAAGCAGUGCACAACUUUACGUCUGUUAUCGAUACCUUGGUUUCGUCAAGCCCUACUAUUGCAGCUCUGGUUUGGGGAAGUGUGAAAAUGACAAUGAUGAUCAUGCUGAAUGCUGCAUCUUACUAUGAAGCCUUUGUUGAGUUAUGUAUGGAGCUUGGCAGGAUUUGCCCUAGGUUCGAGCAAUACCAGGCCCUGUUCCCCGCUUCUGAACGCCUACAGGAUGCCUUGUGCACUUUCAACGCCUGCAUCAUCCAGUGCUGUCGGCGCGUCAUUGCAAUGCCCAAAAGCUGGAGUGGGUGGACUUCGCCACUCAACCCACUCAAUCCGUCAUUCUGGCAGUCGUUUAAGCAAGCCUUUGAUUCUGAUUUGCAAAAGCUGCGCGGUUACAGUAAGAAUGUCAACAAGGAGAUUAGGCUUGCAGCAGACCAGUCCCAGCAUCGAAACAACGAGCUCCAAAGACUAGAGAAUGAACAAGCCGACCGGUCCAGGCGGUCGCUAAGUCACUUUAUGUCCCGCACGCGCGAUGAGCUUGAAACAAUGCAGAGGCUGCAGAUUAUCAGAAGGGAGGAAGUAGAAAGAGAAAACAAGCAAAAGCUGCUAGACUCUUUGUCUACUUAUGACUACGUCAAGCCUCUGAAACAGGCCCGUCAGAAGCGAUACCCCAAAUCAGCAGAAUGGAUCUUUGGCACCGAUGAGUUCAAGCGCUGGAUCGAUGGGACUACGCCAGGUUUGCUCUGGUGUUCAGGAAAAAUGGGGUCAGGGAAGUCAAUCAUCUGUGCGAGUGUCAUCGACUACCUUUUGACUGAACGGUCUAGCGCUCAGAGCCGUGUAACGUUUUUUUUCUCACGAUUUGAUGACUCAGAGUCAAUGAAACCCGAAACGAUUCUACGAGCUCUAGCUAGACAGUUGGUCACCAUCCAAGAUGUUUCAGGUGAUAUUAAGCAGGCUUUGGAGACCAUUCAAAAUACGCCCGAAGAUAUCUCAUCGGAACUUUCUCAGCUCUUGCCGCGUUUACUAUCAAGAAAAGGCGCACCAUCAUGGGUUAUACUGGACGGUAUCGAUGAGUGUCAAAGAGAAGAGCGACAAACAUUCAUCAAGCUGUUGAAAACAAUGCUGGACGAUGGCGUCAACGCCAAGCUGUUCAUUACCAGCCGAGAUCACCCGAAUCCAAUCUUCAAUGGAGCCUCUGUCAACCUAGGACAAGUUUCAAUGAAUUGCUCUCUUGCCCAAGAUGGCAUGGCACAGUUCGUUGAUCAGGCUGUGCAAAAGUGUCUUGAUUCCGAAGAGUUACUGGUUAGCGAUCAGACACUCAUAAACGAGAUCAAGGACACUCUUGUAAAGCACGCGGAUGGCAUGAUUCUCUGGGCAACUCUUAUCCUUAGACAUCUCUGCGUCCAGCCAAACAAUGAGAAGAUCCGCGAAGCAAUUGCUUUAAGAAAUCUACCCAGAAACCUGACGGAGAUCUUCAACCGGAUUCUGGAUCGCAUAGUCUCUGACGAGAAGAAAAACAUCGUUCAAGCACUUCUUCCGUGGAUAGUAGCGGCAAAACAGCCCCUGACGCUAUCUCAACUCGAGGAAUGCUGUCUGGUCACUCCACUUCAAGAACACACUAUUCGAGAUCGAUAUGUGAACGGAAUUCAUCUUAUCGACAAUUGGUUCCAAGGUCUCAUUGAGAUUGACUAUGAGACAAAGACAGUUCAUUUCAUCCACGCCUGCGUUCAACAAUUCUUUAUCACUGCGUCAGACAAUCCAAACUUUACAGACUUUCACAUUCGCAUACAAGACGCUGACCGCCACAUUGGGGAGAUUUGCGUUACUUAUUUGAACUUCAAUGACUUCAAGACACCUUUAGCCCAAGCUCGGCCACCUCUGCCGCCAAUGGCCCCUGAUGAGAUCUGCCAGAAGGCCCUCAGCAAUGAGUGGAAUUGGCCUAGGUUCCUCGGACUUUCUCAGAAAGUUCGAGGUCACAAGCGACAGGCAGCUAAUAUUAGCGGAACUAUUGCUACGUGUACAAGAGCGCGCGAUGCAACUAUUCAAGAAACGAUAAUACUUGAUCAUCCGUUUCUUGCAUAUGCCUCCGCCCAUUGGCUCUCACACUCGGUUAACUUCGAUGAGGGGCAAUGCCAAACAUGGAGUCUAUGGAAGAAUAUGAUAAUGUAUGGGCAUGAACUAGCUGCAUCGCCAGUAUCUGAAGAAGACCAUCAGGCUAUCGACAAAGCCCUUGUUCUUUGGGCUACUCAAAACAGACACUCUGCAAUCUUGUAUAUUGUCAGUGCGUCAACGAAGCUGAGUGAGCAAUAUCACACGGCCUUGUUCGACUAUGUGUUGAAAGAUAAUGAUGUCAACUUUCUGCAACGCAUGUUGGAUGCCAAGAAAUGGGACACCGAGCUCAUUUCACUAUGCCGCAGAGCGGCGUAUAAUGGUCGUCUUGAGAUCAUCGAGUCGCUAUUUGAAGCAGGUGUGAACAUGAAUAUGCCGGAUUUUACGGAAACUUCCCAAGCUUGGUCCUAUCACUUGCCUCUCACAGCGGCUGUUGAGAAAGGCCACGUCAAAGUUGUGGAAUAUCUUCUACGGAAGGGGGCACACCCGAAUCUUCAGGAAGAUAUAUAUCACACUGAGUUGGACGCAGCGGCAAAACUGGGUGGUUCAAAAGGUCUUCAGGUUUGCAGGUUGCUUAUCGACGCGGGGGCUAACGUGAAAAAUGGUCAGGCCCUGCUGUGGUCUUCUGCUCGGGGCGAGAGGGACAUCACAAAACUCCUCCUUAACGCAGGUGCUGAUGUCAACGCCACAUAUCCUACGGUGCCAUGGGAACUCCAAUAUGUAGGCGUUGAGAUCAAUUAUCCAUUGCUCUCACCAUGCGCUAACGUCAACAAACAGAAUGGUGGUACUUUUGUAUACCGACGGAGGACAGCACUAUUGGCGGCGUUUUCAGUCUCAAAGCCAGAAGUUAAUAUCAUUGAGCUUCUUGUCAGAGCCGGAGCAGACGAAGGCGCUGCUCCUAAUGGGAGACCUGAUCUUUAUACUAAAGAUACUCCCUUGGUACUCGCAGCGAAGGGAGGCUCGUUUGAUAUCAUACACUAUCUACUGGAUAAUGGUGCUCGGGUGAUUAGUUUCGAUCGCAUAGCUGCAGAAAUACCGGCCGAUUUAAAAAGUGAAAAGGACUAUGAGGAACUAUUAACUAGAUUAAAACGAGCAGGCCAGUCAUAG